UCUGGCGGAAGUUCUUUGGGGGACGUAGAUGGGACGGGCUACUUCCGGCGGAAGUUGUGGAGAGAAGCGGGAGUGGGAGGACGCCGGUGGUGCCGCGGACAUGGCGGGUACCGGUAACGGCCCCGGCCCAGCCACGGACGUCGACACCGGCCCCGGCCCAGCCGUGGAGGCGGGUCCCGGCCUGGUUCUCGGUACCGGCACGGGCUCCAGUCCAGCCACGGACGCGGACACCGGCCCAGAAGCGGAUCCCGGCCCGGUCGCCGGUACUAGUACCGGCUCCUGCCCAGCCACGGAGGCGGACACCGGCCUGAAGACAGACCCCAGCUCCGGCCCAGAUACGGACGCGGUUCCCGACCCGCUCCCCGGUGCCGGUACCGUUCCCGGUCUCCUCCCCGACCCGGUAGCAGAUCCCGACGUGGAGUCUCAACCUCGGGGCGGAUUCCGCUGCCGCUUGUGCCAAGUCUCUGCCGCCAACCGGCCGAGCUUGGCGGAGCACCUCCGGGGGAAGAAGCACCAGCGGCUGCGGGCUCUGCGGGCCGAACGCCGGGCCCAGGAACAACGGAGCCUCUUCGUUACCGGUUUCGCCCGCGGCACCUCAGGCGCGGAACUCGCCGACUAUUUCCGUACCUACGGCGAUGUCGCGACGGUCGUGAUGGACAAAGAGAAGGGCGCUUACGCCAUCGUGGAGCUGCGGGAGGCGGCGGGACGGGAGCGGGCCCUGGCGGAGCCCCGGCACCACCUGGACGGGCACCGGCUCCGCGUCCGGCCCCGGGAGCAAAAGGGGUUCGUUUACGGGCCCCCCUCCGGGCGCAGCCCCCGCCGGGAGCCCCUCGGCCCGGCCCGGCUGGAGCAGGAGCUUUGGCAGGCCUCAGACGUGGACACCCAAAUGUCGCGGCUGGUGGAGCUGCUGGAGCUGAGCGAGGCCGAGCGCCGGGUGCGGCACCUCCUGGUGACGCUCUUCCAGGAGGUUUUCACCGAGUUCUUCCCCGGCUGCGCCGUGCUGCCCUUCGGCUCCUCCGUCAACGGCUUCGACGCCCACGGCUGCGACCUUGACCUUCUCCUGGACCUGGAACCCACCAAAUCCCUCCAGGCGGCGGCCACUCGAGACCUUCCCGCCUCCGAGGAUUCCAUCCUGAGCGACAUCGACCUGGCGGUGACGCCGGCGCCGGAGGUGUUGGAGCUGGUGGCCACCGUGCUGCGACGCUGCGUGCCGGGCGUCCGCCGGGUCCGCGCCGUCCCCACCGCCCGGCGGCCUGUCGUUAAGUUUUGUCACAAACAAUCGGGGCUGGCGGGUGACAUCUCCAUCGACAACAGGCUGGCGCUCCUCAACACCCGCUUCCUGCAGCUUUGCGCCGAGGCGGACGAACGCGUGCGGCCGUUGGUCUACGCCGUGCGGCUCUGGGCCAAGCAGCAGGGCCUGGCAGGAAACCCCUCUGGGGGAGGUCCCCUCCUCAACAACUACGCCCUGACGCUGCUGGUGCUCUUUUUCCUGCAGACCCGCAGCCCCCCCGUGCUCCCCACCGUCGCCCGGCUGCGUGACGUGGCAGGGGAUGAGGACCGCGCCGUGGUGGGCGGAUGGGACUGCAGCUUCCCCCGGGACGCGGCGUCGCUGGAGCCCAGCACCAACACCGAGAGUCCCGGUUCGCUGCUGGCCCAAUUUUUCCACGUUUUGGGGGAUUUCGACUUGGCGGGGCAGGUCAUUUCGCUGCGGGAGGGUCGAGCGCUGCCGCUGCCGUCCCCCGACGUCCCCGAGGGCUUGAAAUUGGGACCCUUCAACCUGCAGGACCCCUUCGAGCUGAGCCACAACGUGGCGGCCAACGUCAACGAGAAAACGGCCGCCCGUUUCGGCCACUGCUGUCGCGCCGCCGCCAAAUAUUGCCGCAGCCUGCAAUACUGCCGCAAAUCCAGCAAAGGCCGCGCCUGGGGGCUGACGCGGCUCUUCCAACCCGGCGCGGUAGAGCCGGGAGCGGGCAACGCCGGCGUUUUCCUCAUUUCCAUCCCUUUGGAUGUCGCCGGCGGCUGCCGGCAGCUCGCUGGUCGCGGUCCUUGGUUUUGGGAGGUCUGUGCCGCCAUCGCCUUCGUGCUGAGGGACAUUCUCAAGUGCGACUGCGCCGCCGGGAAGACGCCGAGAGCUUCCAACGAGGAAUGCGGGAUCCCGGAGGACUCGGCGCCAUCCGAGGAAGACGCGGAGCCGGACGUGGAGGAGACGGCGGUGGUGGGUUCCAAGCGUCACCGGUCGGAGGUGACAAACGGCUCCGCGCUCCCGGGCGGGAAGAAACCGCGUCCCAACGUCCCCGAGGAGGCGGCGGUGGCGAAUUGGAGCUGCGCCGUCCGGCACCGCGUGUGGACGGGACGACGCCGCGUCCGCCGUCAGCUGCGUCACGGGGACGAUGCCCAGGAGCCGGAGGGCGACUCCCUGGAGCUGGAGCAGAAGGUUUCGGAGACCAUCGUGGGACGAGGGGACGCCGAGGGGACGCCGCAGCCGCUGCUGCAAUUCGAGGCCAGCGCCCGCCCGGCCACCACCCGGCGGGAGACGCGGGUCCUCCUGCGCCUGGUCCCCUCCCCAACCCCCCCCGGGCCGCUUUUUCGGGACUUUUUUCACUUUUUGCAGAGUUUUCUGCCCGGCGCGGUGCGGCGGCGCCUGGGCUGGGGGCCGGCGGGGGGCACGGAGCCCCAGAACGGAGGGGACGUGGCGGGGGGUUCUGUCUCUUGAGAGGGUUUUAUUUUUGGCAGUAAAAGGUUUGUUUUGCA